AUGGUGUGGGUGCUGGUGGGCGGCGGGAGGCGACUGGAGAUCGGGGGGGAAGGAGGAGGAGCGGAGGAAGGGAGGAAAGGCGACGUGAGGAUCGGGAAGUCAGAGGAUAAUGACGUGGUCAUCAGCCAUGAAUCCGUGUCAAGGCGCCAUGCAGUGAUAGGAUACAGUGACAGAAAGAAGGCGGUGUGGUUGGAAGACGACUCCUCCAACGGCACUUGGGUGAAUGGCGAGAAAGUAGAGAGAGAUCGAAGGAUUGAGCUUGCAAACGGAUCAAAAAUUAGGUUCGGAGAGCAUGAUGAAGCCUACGUCUUGGAGCUUGUGGACAAGUCCGAGGGGACCAAAGAGUUGCUAUCAAGACUGGAAGGGUAUGGGGAUGAAGACGCGGAGGAGGAUGAGCCGGACAGCGAUGAGGAGGGGAAGUCAAAGGUCUCGAUCACCGAUCAGAAGAAGGUCGCGUUCUUGGGAAAGGAGAUCCCGCUCUCCAGCAAGUCGAUCUCGGGACAGGAGGAGGUCUCGAUCCCGGGACAGGAGGAGGUCUCGUUCUCGGGACAGGAGGAUAUCUCGAUCUCGGGACAGGAGGAGGAGUCGAUCUCGGGACAGGAGGAGGAGUCGAUCUCGGGACAGGAGGAGGAGUCGAUCUCGGGACAGGAGGAGGAGUCGAUCUCGGGACGGGAAGAGGAAAAGUUUCUUAAGCUCAUGGGAGGGAAGAAGCCAGGCAACGAGGCCAUGGCAGGUAAGGCGCCGGAAGCCCCUCCAGGAGAUCGUGCUAGCUAUCGGAACAUGCAGCAAAACCUGGAGAAAGAGUUCGAUGAAGCCCUCCGACGAAGCCAAGGAAUGGGGAAAUUUGGACUAGGCUAG